AUGGAGGCGCGGCUUGAUGUCGGCGUGUGCUAUGGAAUGAUCGGGGACAACCUCCCUUCUCCAGAAGAUGUGGUCCAACUCUACCAGCGCUACAAGAUCGGCAAGUUGCAGCUCUUCGAUCCGAACCCUGACGCACUUGCUGCGCUAAGAGGUAGCGGGAUAGAGGUCACGUUGGGCACCAAAAAUCAGGAUUUACAAAGCAUAGCAUCAAGCGUUGAUGCGGCUAAGACAGGGUUCGACACCUACGUGCAACCGUUCAUCAGUGAUGUCAAUAUUACGCAUCUUACGGCUGGUAAUGAAGUGGUCCCUGGAGAUCUUGGUCAGUAUGUACUACCUGCGAUGCAGAAUCUACAAAGGGUUGUUAAUGGCUAUGGAUACAGUGGGAUACGCGUAACCACUGUGGUCUUAUCCGCCAUCGAGCUCCACAUUCUCUAA